AUGGGAAAAAGUUUAAAAGACAUAGAUGGAUUGCCACUUCCAGAUUCUGCUUUAAUGAAUGAGACAGGGAAUCGUCUAAUCAAUGAGGAGCUAGAUUAUGACAAAGGAUCUUUAAAGAAAGUGCAUGAUAAAUCAUUUUCCCUCUUAAAUGAUUGCCAAAAGUCGGCGUAUGAAGCAAUGCUAACAUCAGUUGAAAAAGAAGAAGGCCGUUUAUUUUUUAUAAAUGGACAUGGUGGAACCGGAAAGACAUUUCUAUGGAAUACAAUAAUUUCCAAGUUGAGAUCACAAUCAAAAAUCGUUCUCCCAGUUGCUACUCCGGGAAUAGCAGUUUUAUUAUUACCAAAUGGCAGGACUGCUCAUUCACGGUUUCAUAUUCCUUUGGACAUCAGUGCUGAAUCAACUUGUGAAAUAAGACAAGGCAUCCAGUUAGCUGAACUACUCUUAAAAACUUCUUUAAUCAUUUGGGAUGAAGCGCCAAUGGCAAAUAAAUUUUGUUUUGAAGCCUUAGACAGGACUCUGAGAGAUAUCCUCCGAGUGAAAUACGAAAAUAGCUCUGACAAACCGUUUGGAGGUCUUACAGUCGUAUUUGGUGGUGAUUUUUGUCAAAUACUACCAGUAAUUCCAAAGGGUAGACGAGCUGAUAUUGUUGAUGCAUCGCUAAACUCCUCAUACUUGUGGCCAUUUUUAAGAAUAUACGAAUUGAAGCAUAAUAUGCGACUCCGCAGUGGAAGAGUAACUAAUUCUAAGGCAGCUGAACUUGCAAAUUUCAAUAAAUGGUUGUUACAAAUUGGAGAUGGAUCCUUUUAUGAUGAUACUGACAAUGAGCUUAUUAAAUUACCUCCCGAUAUAUGCAUCGCAUCAUCCAGCAAUCCAAUCGGAUCAACUGUCGAGGUAGUUUACCCAUCACUCUUGCAGAAGUACAAUGACCCAACAUAUUUGAAAGAAAGAGCAAUACUACGAGUUGAAUGCCACAAUUAUGCAAAUGAUACCAGGUGA